CAACAUGCUGCCUGCUGUUGUAAAGCUCUGCUGUGGAAUCUCCUACCCACAUCUGAGGAGUCUAACAGGACUUCAACGCACAGCUGUGGCAGUGAUAGGCCAGGAGCUCACACACCUGCAGCGAUGGGGACAGGUCCAACAUCUCAUUAGAACACGUUCUGGAUUAAAGCGUAAUGAGCCCAACCUUGAAGAUAUAAAGCCUGUGCCUUCGAAAGAAGAUCAGCUGCUCUAUGUACAACAAGGCCAAGAAGCAAUGAGGAAGGCUCUCUGUAUGUUAGAAGACACACAAGGAUGGAAGGUUGAGAUCACAGAGAGCAAGGGGGAUGAGAUCUGCAGCAAAGUGAUACCAGGGGCCGGGAAGGUCUUCAGAAUGGAGGCGGUCCUGGACGCCAGUGUGGACGAGCUCUACGACAUCCUGUUUGUCAGAGUGGAGGAGAUGCACCAGUGGAACCCGAGCAUAAAGCAUAUCAAAGUUCUGAAGCAUGUAGGAGCCGAAACGAUCGUCACUCAUGAGGUUUCAGCCGAGACAGCGGGAAAUCUAAUUGGCCAAAGGGACUUCCUGUGUGUCAGACACAGUUGCAAACAAAAGUCCAGAGUUUAUCUUGGAGGAGCAGCGAUUCAGCUGGAGUCCUUCCCACCUCAGGCAGGCUUUGUGAGAGCCGAGGAUGGACCAACCUGCAUCAUCAUUCAGGCUCUGGACGAGGAUAUGGGAAGAAGUCGCUUCACAUGGCUUCUUAAUAUGGACGUUAAGGGCUGGCUGCCAAAGUCUAUUGUCAAUCAGGCUUUACCCCGAGCACAGCUGGAUUUCACCAGACACCUCCGCAGACGUCUCACAGCGAGCACCACCCUGGGCUAACUGAGUCAAGGAGACACCCACACUGCAGCACCACCCUGUCAUCACUCAAAGGACAAGACUGGCUGAUGGGGGCACGGUGACAGACUGGCUGCUCGGUACAAAGCAGCCCUUUCAAUGAGAGCGGAAACGCUGCCUGGAGGUGACGCUCAGCUCCAGAGCUGGAAGACGGCAGCUGGUUUAUAGGAAUUAAUGUCACAGUGUGCCACUCAAACCUCAAGAUUUCCUGACUAGGAGUCAUCACUUGUC